UUUGCAAACUUUGUAACGCUACCGCUGUCCAAAAAUAUUUGGCUGUCGGGUUGCCGCAUGGCUUCUUGCUAAAAAUCAACGCCACACGCGAAAAUGAGUGGUGUGAACCAAAUGACUUUGUUCCAGACGUGGGGAGCAUCUGUUCCGCAAAAGGUUAGUCAAACGAAUAAUGUAAAGAAGUCUUCCGGGCGACGAAAAACAACCCAAAACAGCAGGGGCAGCACAGCAGCCUCAGUCAAGACUCAGAAGAGGGCGACUGGUAUAACUUUGCCACCCCCGGCGCCCCGUAACACGCUAUGGGGUGAAUUUGAUCAAGGGUCCACAGCUGACAACGAGGUGAGAGAUGUCGAGGAGGUUGCUGCUGCUGAUGAAGAUGAUGAUGAUUUAAUGGUAGUUGCUGUUUAUGAGGCGGAAAAGUCUUUGCAAAUUGAUGGAAACGUUGGACAACAGAGUGAACACACAACAAAUGUUGAGAGUACUUGUCUCACACAGAUGAGCUCAAGUGGAUCAACAUAUUACAAAGACUUCCCUGGCCUUGACAGCUCCUCUGCAAAGGUAUGGAUCUACCCCACCAACUAUCCCAUAAGGGACUACCAACUAAAGAUAUCGGAGGCAGCUUUAUUUCAGAAUACGCUGGUAUGCCUCCCCACUGGCCUGGGCAAGACUUUUAUUGCUGCUGUGGUAAUGUACAACUUUUAUCGAUGGUAUCCAUCUGGAAAGAUCGUUUUCAUGGCACCAACAAAACCGCUGGUGGCACAACAAAUAGAAGCGUGCUACAAAGUGAUGGGUAUUCCACAGACACACAUGGCAGAGUUGACGGGGAGCACGCAGGCUCAGCAGAGGCAGGAACUGUGGAGGUCCAGGCGCGUCUUCUUCCUCACUCCCCAGGUGUUGGUGAACGACCUGUCUCGAGCUACCUGCCCCGCGCUGCACGUCAAGUGUGUGGUGAUUGACGAGGCUCACAAGGCACUGGGGAAUCAUGCCUAUUGCCAGGUGGUGAGACAGUUGGGGAGCCAGACUCAACAGUUUCGCAUCCUGGCACUCAGCGCCACGCCAGGUGGAGACUCAAAUUCAGUGCAGCAAGUCAUAUCCAACCUGCUGAUCUCCCACAUUGAGCUGCGGUCUGAAGAGAGCCCUGACAUCCAGGCCCACUCCCACCAGCGCAGCCUGGAGAAGGUGGUGGUUCCCUUGGGGGAGUCGCUGGCCGGGCACCAGGCCCUCUACCUACAGGUACUGGAACGGUUCACGGGCCGUCUGAUCCAGAACAGGGCGAUGUCUCAACGCAACUUGCACUCCCUUACCAAGUACCAGCUCAUCCUGGCCCGGGAACAGUUCCGCAAGAACCCUCCGCCCCACGUCACGAGGGCUCAGCAAGGGGCUCUGGAGGGGGACUUUGCUCUGUGUAUCAGCCUGUACCAUGGCUACGAGCUGCUGCUCCAAAUGGGCCUGCGCUCCCUCUUCCUCUAUGUCCAGGGCAUCAUGAAUGGCACCAAAGAGAAGUCUCGAGCCAGGAACGAGCUACAGCGCAACGCCACCUUCAUGGACCUGUACCAGGAGAUGGAGGCCGUGUUUGUAAAGCCCACCGGCCCCGAGGAGCCCUUCAUCUACAGCCACCCCAAACUGCAGAAGCUGGAGGAGGUAGUGCUAGGGCACUUUAAAACAUGGGCUGAGAGCUCCAGCGCUGGUUCUGGGCCCCAGGAAGUGAGCACACGUGUGAUGAUCUUUUCGUCGUUCCGGGAGAGUGUGCAGGAGAUUGCCGCCAUGUUAAAUCGCCACCUGCCCCUGGUCAAAGUCAUGACCUUUAUGGGCCAGGCCUCGGCAGGGAAGGGGGUCAAAGGGUUCACCCAGAAGGAGCAGCUGGAGGUGAUGCGGAGUUUUCGGGAGGGGGGCUUCAACACCCUGGUGUCCACCUGCGUGGGCGAGGAGGGGCUGGACAUAGGCGAGGUGGACCUCAUUGUGUGCUUCGACGCCCAGAAGAGUCCCAUCCGCCUGGUUCAGCGCAUGGGCCGCACCGGACGCAAACGCCAGGGCCGCAUAGUGGUCAUCUUGGCCGAGGGACGAGAGGAGAGAACCUACAACCAGAGCCAGAGCAACAAGCGCAGUGUGUACAAGUCUAUCGUGGGGAGCAGCCACAGAUUCCACAUGUUCCCCAGCAACCCCCGCAUGCUGCCCGACGGGGUGCACCCCGCCCUGCACAAGAUGCACAUCACCUGUGGCCAGUUUGACCACCGGGAGAGCAGCGGGCGGCUCUCCGGGGGUUGGAGGGGGCGCAGGUCCCACUCCUUGGAGGGCCGACGUGAGUCCCUUAUUCUUCCGCGGGGUCUAGUCGGGCACCAGGAGAAUGCGAAGAAGGAUGGCUUCCUUAGCCCCUCCGAGCUCACUCACUGGGAGUCUACGAUGAAACUGGGGGAGGGGGAGGCUCCACCCAUUCUGAGACGGUCCCGCUUCCUCUCAAAACAGGAAGGCUCGCCACCUCGGGUGGAGCCGCCCUCCAGCGGGCCAACCAGGGAGCUGUCUCUGUGGGAGUGGAGACACUGGCAGAACCAGCCCUUCCCCACUCACAUUGUGGACCACUCCAACCGCUGCCACCACUUCACCAAGGUCAUGGAGCUCAUUGACGGCCUGCGCCAGGAAGAGGGUGAAAGCAGAUAUGAGUUGGAGCUGCUGCCCCACCUCCACAAUGCAGAUGUCAUAGGCCUCACGGAGGAAGCACAGCAGGAAAAGUCCAUCAAAGGAAAGAAGCAGAAAGAGGGAAAAACGACAAAAUCCAGAACCAAAAUGGCCAACCUGAGCCACAAGCAGAAGACUUCCUGCCUUUCCUCAGCUGACCUAGACCGUGUCGAACUCAAAAAGGAAGUGCAGAGGGAAAGCAUUUCUAAAGCAGAGACAACCUUAGUCUCUCCAUGGACCCUGAUAAAGGACAGAGUCCCUUCAGAAUGCCACAAGGAGGUGACUCAUGACCUCAGAGACCACCCAGGCCUCUGGCCACUCUCCUCCACCGGUGACCAGCAAAUCAUGGACAUGGAUUCUGACUGUAUCAUACUCAACAACGAGAGUGAAAGUUCAGAGGUUAAUUCUCUAAGGGAUUUUGAGAGCGAAUCAUUGAACUGCAUUGCUGCUGUAGAACAGAUUGACCUCAAUCAGUUGACCUCAAUUGCAGACCGUCAACCCAAGUCAGAUGAAGAUUCUGAACUGGAGGCUUUGUUUUACUUGCCCAAAUGGGACGCUGCCGUCCCCAAGUUGCAGCCCCUGAGACAGAGGUUAGAGAGCUUGAGGGUCAUUCUAGUCAACGUGACAGAGCUUCUGUCUAGGUCUCCUCCAGCUUUGCACUUUGACCUGGACAGCCCUCAGUACAACCCUGGGCCCUCCCCCUUCACCACCAAGGACUGUUCACAUACACUUCCGGUUGAACCUCUGGAUGAACUGCUGGAUGUGGGUCAGACAUUCCACGUGAAUUUCUCCCUGGAAGUGGAUGAGGACUUUGCCGAUCCUGCUUCUCAAUCUCCCAAUGUUGAUUUAGACGUUGGUUCUCUAGACUGUGAAAGCCAUUGUGAACCACCUCAUCAGCAGCACUCUCCUUCUUCACCGAUUACUGUGCCAGCAGACUGCAUGGGUAGGGAAAGUGCCGUUGGCAGCCCUAGCUGGGAUGAGGUCUUCGAGGAUGACAUUAAUGACAUAAAGGACGAUGAUAUGGAUGAUAAAGCGGACUUCAAGCCACCAUGUCAUCCCACUCAGCCUAAAGCCCAGCACGCUAAAACCAACCUGGACGAGAGCAUGGACCUGUUUGGAGAUGACGAGACCUUCCUCCAGAUGACCAUCCCGAACAUCCCUACGCCAGAGAACGUCAGUAUCCGAAUACCUAGCCCCCUGAAGGCUCCGGAGAGGUUAAUAGGGUCAAGUAAAAGUGUGACAGAAACAAAGAUGGUGUAUCAGGUCAAACCUAGCCGUAGCCAUAUUUCUCCUGUAGCGCAGCAGGAGCCUGCUCAGGACCUUGACAACUUUGACUAUUCUCAGGAUUUCUUCUCUGUCAACUUUGACUUGGGCUGGGAGGAGGAUGAAGGGGACACAGAGGCUGCUCCUAGUCCGUUCCCCUCAAAACCUUCAACCCCUGGGUCCAAAAAACAGGAAGCACCCCUUUCCUCCUCAGUGAAUGGGCCACAAAUCUCUGGCUCAUCCACUCCCCUCUUUAGUUUCCAUAGGAAGAACGUGUCCACACCCCUGGCAGCCUGUCCCGGAGGGAAGAAGGCAGACACCUCUGCUCUGGCUUCGCCUCAGACCUCUCCUCUGACCUCCAAGAGCGGAGCUCUGUUCUCACCAAUCCCCACAUUAGGGCCGAGGCGAGCUCUGCUGCCUGGUCCUUCCACCACCCCAUCCACUUCGUUCUCAUUAUUAAAGAGGAAACUCCAGGGGACCUUACAGAAUGCCCGGACUCCCAAAGCUCAGGUUGGGGACCCAGGAAAUGGUUCUAUAGAGAUGGGACACAGUUUGUCUCACAAAUCCAUCUUGGACCCACCUCAUCCAGGCCUGUGCACCAGUGACAGUGAGGAGGAGGUUAUCACCCGUAAGCGGGUUCAUCAUCAUGUCAAGGCGAACCCCUUGUCUUCUCCAGUGUCAAUGCUUCUCAGUGAUGUGGAUUCUCCUAUACAAGUGACCAGGAAGUCAAAGCAUGCAGUGGCAUGCAUUUCAGAUGAGAGCGAGGGGGAGGGGGAGGCGAUGUCUGACGAUGACUUCCAGCAUGUUCGACAGCCAAGAGCGCCCCCCCACGUGGCUGCGAAACCAUCAGCAUCGCAUGGGAAAGCUAAGCAGGCCGUGCAGCACCACCACCGAGGAGCCCGUCACUUUCUGGACGAGGAGGCGGCGCUGUCCGAGGGGGCGGAGGUGUCAUCUGACGAAGAGGACGGUGAAGAGCAGAACCGCUCACUGGAGGGCUUCGUUGUGAGCAACACCCAGUGCUCCCAGGGAAUCAACGAUUCUGAGAUGCAGGGGGUUUACCUGAAGUCAGUGAGAAGUCCUGCUGUGGCUGGCAAGUUCAAAAUGAUCUACAAGCAAAACCACAACAUGGACAUCUUCUCUCAGGUGCCUGAGCUGGACGAGACAUACGCGGAGGACAGCUUUGUGGUGAGUGGCAGUGGUGAGGAAGAGCUCGGCGAGGAGGUCCCAUUGGAGCUUAUCUACGAGGACUCCUUCGUGGAGGGGAGGAGGCAGUACCCCACCAGACGCAAGGCGCUGAUCCGAAACAUCAGGGCUCAGGCUGGGAGCGGGCUUGCCACUCUGGACAAGCGGGCUGCUGACCCUCAACCUAAUCCUGCUGGGGGAAAAAAGCGCUCCCGCAUAGUGCACUUGGAGGACUCCAGCUCGGAAGAAGAAGUGGAGAAAAGUAGAAAUAGUGUGAAAGCUGGAGGUGUUUCUGCCAUCUGCAGGCUAACUGAGUUACAGCAACAGCAUGACUGGGUGUUUAAAGCUCCACAGCAGCAGGUGCCCCCUAGUGGAACCACCAGAGCCUCCACAGCGAGCUGUGUGGUGGGGCCUAGAGUCCUCAGUGGAGCCAGGUCCUCCUCUAUGAACUCUGUGAUGGAGCCUAGCGCCCCAAGUGGAACCAGCAGGACCUCCUCAGUGAGCUCCGUGAGGGGGCCUAGAGAGGAGCAGCAGGAAGAGAGGUGUUGCCAGAGGCUCCAUCAGCAGGCCCUCCUGUCUGAGGAGCUGGACUUUGAGCAGUCAGAGUCUCUGUUGUUCUCAAGUAAACAGCCACAGGCUACCUCCUCCACCUCCUCAGUACCCCACGCCCAGACCUCCUUCUGUCAGGCCGCCACUCUAAGCAAGCCCCCUGCCUCGUCAUCGAACCCAUCGGGCCUCGUCUCUGUACUGGUGGACAGCCGCUGUAUCAUAGCCUGCGCGGAUGUGGUCUCCAGCCUGCGCCAGCGUUACGCUGUCACGGCCCACGUGUGCUCGCUGGACGGCUGCGACUUCGUGGUCAGUAACCGCAUGGCGGUCGAGAGGCAGUGCCAGUCGGAACUGGCCGGGAUGCCGAACCGCAAACGGCUUGUGGAGAAGGUGACCAGGUUGCAGGGCCUAUUUGAGCGGAUCUGUCUCAUCGUAGAGAAGGACCGCACCAAACCAGGUGAAGCUUCACGUCCUUUCCAACCUACACGCUACUACGACAGCACACUGGCCAGCUUGGUGCAGGCAGGCGUCCGACUCCUGGUGAGUGGGGGGCCUGAGGAGAGCGCCACCCUACUGGCUGAGCUGGCCCGAGUGGAGCAGAGGAAGGGCCAGGCUAUUACCGUGCCAUUAGAGGUCAAAGGUCACCGGCAGCAGGCGCUACUCUUCUACCGAACGCUGCCCUGUGUCAGCUAUGUCAACGCCCUCAACAUGAGCCACAGCUUCAGAUCGGUGGGCCACCUGGUCAACAGCUCUAUCGAGGCUCUACAGAAGGGGGCGUGUGUGAGCCGCUCCAGAGCCGAGGAGAUCUACCGCUGCCUACGCUACUCCUGUGACACCACCCUGAUGACUACCAACACACCCAGGAAGAACGACCUUUAGCCAGCCAUCACUGCUUAAAUCUCCAUUGACACUGGUCUAAGGUCAGUGUGGCCCUUUUCCUUCCUAAUGGUUACUGGUUAGGAUUUUGGGAGAGUUUACCGAUCCCAGAUCUGUGCCUCCAGGACAAUUGACAAUCUUGCUCUCAAACAGGACCGUUAAUGGCAUCAUGGCCUUGAAUCGUGUGGAUUAGUCACCAAAUGGAAUAAAGAAUAGUGAAUAAGGGAUGGUCUACCUGGACUUCACCUUCGUUCCCCAUUACAAAAUGAGUAUUUCUUGCACAUUUGAAAUAAGACUUGACUUGAUAACGGACACUAAGGUGAAUGUAAGUUGUAAGUACUCGCUCCCUCCUAUGUAAAAUGUGUAAGUGCAUUUCUGUUUUGUUUAACAAAUAUUUUAAGUUAUUACAAUAUCUGUUCAAAUAAUGGAGUAAUAUCUUUGUGUUCAUAUUUUGUAAAGAGAUCAAAUAUAAGGUUUUGAUUGCAGGAAUAAAAAUGCACAAUUUUUCUGUAACAAAAUCAAAUUCACAAUGAAAUCAGAGGCAUUUGUUUAUUAUUCGUUUAAGGUAAUUUGAUUCAGUCAAAACACAAUGACAGGUAUUAUCCCCCAAGAAUACAAAAUGAAGUUUAUGCACAUAUCUUUCUUAGUGUUAGAUUCAUACAUUCCUCUUUGUCCAACAUUAAUAGUUGGUUGUAUUUGACUGUAACAGGUCAGUGAUUUCAACUUAUCUCUGUCUGUAGUCUCUUCGCAUUGCAGAGUCUGGCAAGACUAGUCUGUCUGAAGCACAAGGGUUCACCCUUUCAUUUCAUGACGAAGACAUAACGACAGAGUAGGACACGUCAUUGGUCUUUCCAGUCUUUAUAAUAGAGUUCCCGCAUAAAAACAUUUGACACUCUGGGGGCGAAUAUGCACUAUGGAGUCAUAUAUAUAGUACCUUCUGAAAGUAUUCACACCCCUUGACUUUUCCCACAUUUUGUGGGGUUACAGCCUGAAAUUUAAAUGGGUCACUGAUCUACAGACAAUACCCCAUAAUGUCAAAGAGGAAUUAUAUAUUAUUUGAGAUGUUUACAAAUUAAUAAAACAUUUAAGCUGAAAUGUCUUGUGUCGAUAACUAUUCAACCAUUUUGCUAUGGCAAGCCUCAAUAAGUUCAGGAGUAAAAAUGUGCUUAGCAAGUUGCAUGGACUAACUCUGUGUGCAAUAAUAGUGUUUAACUUGAUUUUUAAAUGAGUACGCCAUCUUUGGGGGUACAAAUAUCUGUCAGUUCCCUUAGUAGAGCAGUGAAUUUCAAGCACAGAUUCCACCACAAAGACCAGGGAAGUUUUCCAAUAGUUUGCAAAGAAGGGCACAAAAAAGCAGACAUUUGAAUAUCCCUUUGAACAUGAAGUUAUUAAUUACACUUUGGAUGGUGUAUCAAUACAAAGAUAUACAGGCGCCCUUCCUAACUCAGCUGCCAGAACGGAAGGAAACCUCCCAAUAGGUACCCUUUUUGAGGCUUUGUAAAACCUCCCUGGUCUUUUUGGUUGAAUCUGUUUUUGAAAUUCACUGCUCAACUGAGGGACCUUACAGAUAAUUGUACGCUUGAGGUACAGAGAUAGGGUUGCCAUUUUUUUUAGUUAACGUAUUAAUGCACACAGCGAUUCUAUCCAACUUAUGUGACUUGCUAAGCACAUCUUUACUACUUAUUAACUUAUUUAGGCUUGCCAUAAAAGGGCUUGUGAAUAAUUGACUCAAUACAUUUGUUUUUCAUUCAUUAGAAAAAAAUCUAAAAACAUAAUUCCGCAUUGACAUUAUGGGGUAUUGUGAGUAGGCCAGUGACAACUCAAAAUUUGGUCAAUUUCAAAGGGCGGCAGGUAGCCCAAAUCAAAUUGUAUUUGUCACAUACACAUGGUUAGCAGAUGUUAAUGCGAGUGUAGCGAAAUGCUUGUGCUUCGAGUUCCGACAAUGCAGUAAUAUCCAACGAGUAAUCUGACAAUUCCACAACUACUACCUUAUACACACAAGUGUAAAGGGAUAAAGAAUAUGUACGAGUGAUGGUACAGAACGGCAUAGGCAAGAUGCAGUAGAUGGUAUCGAGUACAGUACAUACAUAUGAGAUGAGUAAUGUAGGGUAUGUAAACAUAAAAGUGCAUAGUUUAAAGUGGCUAGUGAUACAUGUAUUACAUAAAGAUGGCAAGAUGCAGUAGAUGAUAUAGAGUACAGUAUAUACAUAUACAUUAUAUUAAGUGGCAUUGUUUAAAGUGGCUAGUGAUACAUUUCUGAUCAAUUUCCAUUAUUAAAGUGAGCUAGAGUUGAGUCACAGGCACACCAUUCCCUAGCAUACCACUCGCCAAUGUCCAGUCUCUUGACAACAAGGUUGAUGAAAUCCGAGCAAGGGUUGCUUUCCAGAGAGACAUCAACGUUCUUGCUUCACGGAAACAUGGCUCACUCAAGAGAUGCUAUCGGAGUCGGUGCAGCCAGCUGGUUUCUUCACGCAUCGCACCGACAGAAACAAGCAUCUUUCUGGUAAGAAGAGGUGCGGGGGGUAUGUCUUAUGAAGAAUGUUAACCUAGCGGUUAAGUGUGAAUCAGUAACCAAAAGGUCGCUGGUUCAAAUCACCAAACCGACUAGUUAAGGAGUAAAAAAAAAGGCAUUUUUGUCCUUGAGCAAGGCACUUAACCCGAAUUGCUAAGUCACAGUAAAUAUACUGUGUAAAGGUUCAGACAUUUUGUGAAAUAGCACAGUUAAAUAGAAAUCAAACUGGAUGGACAUCAGAAAUAAAAACAUAACUAUUGUUAAGUGUGUAUAAACUGAAGGUGUAUUAGUUUACUCCAAUUUGGGGGAAGGAUGGUAGGGUUUGCAGGGAAUAAAGUAUAUUCUUAAAUGUAUAUGGAUAUAUAUUUACCCCAAAAAUAUAUGGGGGAUUGGAAAUGAUGCAGACAAUUACAAUGACGGAAGCAACAAUCUUUGGGCAAUAAAGCUUAGGCCAGGAUUUAAUCCGAUCUGGCGCCGUUGGCAAAUGUUCCAACGUUCGUGCAGACCACGUUCACUGUAAACGCGUUGCUGCACAUCUCAGCUUAGUCGGAGAUUAAAUUGAAAUGGUGCAUCCUGACCUUUGGCAGACAUACUUUGUUACAUUCUUGCCUUGAAAAGACAUGACAAAAGACUCCAUAUUAGAUCGUUUUUAUUCUGCCAUUUCUUUUUCCACAUAUUGCUUUGGUUGCAAGACAUUAAGACCUAUAAAGAACAAACAUUACACGUACAAAAUAAAAGUUACUUGCCCUUUUGGACAUAUGCCAUCCAACCUGUACAGUACAACCAAAAUGCUGAUGGUUUUCCGUAACAGUAAAACAAAGGAAGCAGCAUUCCAUAUAGUUGAGUUGCCCUUGUGUCUACGAUCACACUUAAAUUCUGCCAUAAAAGAAAUAAGACGAGAAAGCACUGACCCAAGUUCACAGUAUAAAUACAUCAUACAGUAGGUUACUCUGUACAAGCAGUGUCAUCCAGCAUAUAGAAACGAGUCGUUAGUUAUUGUGAAACACAUGCAAUUCAAUUUGAUAUCCAGUGUAGGGUUUAACCUCCAGUGAAAGGAUGCAAUAUCCUUAAGAUAUGUUUACAUACAUAUCAUACUUGUAGGAUAAUUUCUCAAAUCAUGACAUGUACAUCAUUCAAUAUUAAGUUGGUAUGUAACAAUUUUUGCCCAAAAUGUAACACAGGCUGUUAAUUUAAUUCACUACAUUUGCUAGGCACUGUGCUGCCUCAAAUACAAUGCUACUGUAAAAAAAACUUUUGUCCUGAAUCAAAACAAUUCACUUAUUUCGCUGUGCAAUAUGGUCGUGCCAUUUCAUACUUAACACUGCAAUGAUUUCAGCACAUUUGCUAAUCCCGAGUGUUUCAGUAAAAUAAACAAGGAGCCACCUUUACAAGGUCUCAGACAUGA